GUCUUCAGUUCAAAAAAUUAAAUUUCCUUUCCCUUUUGGAUCAUUAAGAAUCCUAAAAAUUUUUACCCUCAAAUUUGCAAAAAAUAGACGAGAACAAAUUUUUCAAGAACCACAAAAAGUGACAAAUAUAAAAAAGAACAAUAGAGAUGGAAUCGAGUGAUUAAAUUACACAUAGUGAAUUUUUAUUUUUAUCAAAGAAGAAAAAAAAGUUGUCACACUAUCAGAAUCGACAUUUCCUAUCGUUCAAGUGUUUCUUGAAGAAAAAGUGUUGCUAUAUUGAAUACUUGUUUCUCGAAUGUGAAAUAAAUAGUUCAAUUUUUCGACUACACGAAAUUGGAUCAAAUUUUCGAAGGGAAUUUCAGUUAAUUUUCCAUCAGAGAAGAAUUAGUGGAGUGGUAAUUUUUUUUCGAUUCAAAAUGAAGGACAUUAUUGCAAUUUGGAAUAGACUGACAACCCGAAGAUACACGGCUGUCAGCACUAAUCCUGCUGGGGAUGAUGGUAUCGAAGAGAUAACAAUGAGGGCGAAAGGAUUGCGGAGAAAAUCGUCAGUGGUCGUCAAUCAAUUUUUCAAUGCCGCUUUGCCAGUCAAUAUUGACGGGAAACCACGUUGGAAUAAAAGUAUUCUCAUUUUGAUGACCCUUGGUCUCCUUGGUCUUGCAUCCGGAUGUUUUUUACUUAUCGUUAAUCCAUACGAGGCAAUUUUCAAAUACAAAGUCACCUUCGGCGAGGGGGGAGAAAUAUUUGAACUCUGGCGAUCACCACCUGUUGAUCUCUAUCUCAAAGUUUAUCUCUUUAACUUCACCAAUCAUAGGGAGUUUAUGUCUGGCGAGGAUAAGAAGAUGAAACUCCAGGAAGUUGGUCCAUACGUUUACAAAGAACUUUUGGAGCAUGGAAACGUGACUUUUAAUGACAAUGGUACCCUGUCCGCUAUUCCUCUUUCGCCGUUAGUUUUCGUACCAGAACUGAGCGGAGGAACAGAAGAUGAUCUACUGAUCCUGCCGAACAUUGCCUUAUUGAGUAUUGCAAAUGUAGUAAGAGAAGAAUAUUUCAAGAGGCUGGGACUUAAUUUAUUGAUAAGACAAACUAAUUCUGAACCACUUGUGGAAAUGACUGCUAAAGAAUUUAUGUUUGGUUACAAAUCAACGCUAGUUACUCUUGGUUAUCAUGUAAUGCCAAAUUGGAUCAAAUUUGAUAAACUUGGUCUCAUUGAUAGGAUGUAUGACUUUACUGGCGAUUUUGAAACUGUUUACACGGGAGAAACAGACGUGAGAAAAACUGGAUUGAUUGACACAUACAAUGGAGAUGUAAAUUUACCCCAAUGGCAGGGAAAAUGUGCCAACGUUAAUGGAGCUAGUGAUGGAACCAAAUUUCCAAGUUACAUCGAACCUAACGACACGCUAUUAUUUUUCCGAAAAAGUCUUUGCCGAAGUGCUAAUAUGGUACGAGUGGGAGAGAAAACAAUUGGAGGUCUACACACGUAUCAAUAUAAAUUCAAGGACAAUGAACUCGACAAUGGUAUACAUAAUCCGGACAAUGCUUGUUUUUGUCGAAAAGGACGAUGCCUUCCAGAAGGACUGAUCGAUGUCACUGAUUGCUAUUACGGUUUUCCGAUAGCACUUUCUUAUCCUCAUUUCUACAUGGCAAAUCCAGUAUUUUCCGAAAAAGUAGAGGGACUAACUCCUGAUCCUGAGAAACACGAAUCUUAUUUUUUCAUCCAGCCUCGUUCUGGUUCGCCAGUCGAUUUAGCUUUUCGAUUUCAAAUUAAUAUGGCACUUCAGGACAUCAGUCGAAUAGCUCGAGUUGAACAAUUCGCCGAUAUUAUCCUUCCUCUUCUCUGGUUCGAAAUCGGAAUGUACGAACUUCCAGAAGCGGUAAAUAAUAAAUUCAAAUUAUACCUGAAUUAUUUACCAUUUGUGCAAGACAUUGGUGUAUAUUUAUCUUUCAUCGGUGGAUCAUUUGUCCUUAUAUGGAGUAUCGUGAGAAUUCUUCUACACCAACCAAAAAGACCCACUGGUAUGGCAUGGAGUGAAACGGAAAUGCAAAAGCAAAGAUUACAUUUUCCCAGUGAAAAGGAUCCGAGCGCGAAAUCGAAAGAAAUGGAAGUUUACUAUAAUUCUCUGUUGAGUGCACAAACAGAGGAAAUGACAUCAAUUGCAAUUGAGGAUCUGCCAAUUAUCAAGGAAGAUAUUGCUUGAAUUUAGAUAAUUUUCCACCUUCAUUUUUUUUUUAUCAAUUAUUACCAGUUUUUUGUUGUUGAAAUUCCUGAGAAGAUUCUCAAAAUGCGAUUCACUCACACUAAUCGUAUAUAAAUCCAAAAAGAGCUUCUAGUUCUGAUUUGUCAAUUUUUUUUUCAUAAAAAAAAUUUAGCUACACCCCCAAAGAUUAUUCAAAAUACGUCGCAGAAAAUAACGAAAGAGCUCGAUAUUAUAUUAAUAUAAUUGCGAAAAAUUGCAAAAAAGAACUAUCUUUCAAUCUUUGAAAAGUGAACUAAUUUCAGUUUUUUUAAUUUAUUCAAAAAUUAA